CCCGCAGCCGCCCGAGCAGGCGAGAGGGUGCGCACCAUGUGGAUCCAGGUCCGCACCAUCGACGGCACGGAGACCCAGACCAUCGACGACCUGAGCCGCCUCACCAAGAUCGAGUGCCUGCGGGAGAAGAUCGAGGAGACCUUCCGCGUGAGCCCCGACCGCCAGCGGCUCUUCUACCGGGGCAAGCAGCUAGAAGAUGGACACACUUUAUUUGACUACAAUGUUGGACUAAAUGACAUAGUUCAGCUUUUGAUACGUUCUGAUUCUGAAGCUCCUACCACUACAUCUGUGGCAGAUCAGGAUGGAGAAGUCAAUCCCUGUGCUGUUUCCAACUGCAAGAAUAAAGUCAAAAAAACAAACAGUGGAUCACCCAGUCAGCCAUCUACAUCAUCUCGCUCAUUUCUCAUUGAUCCUGGCAUUGGAUUGUACAAGAUAAAUGAAUUGGUGGAUGCCCGUGAUAUCAGCAUUGGAGCCUGGUUUGAAGCUCAUAUAGAAAAUGUUACCCGUAUGGACACUGAUGAAGAAGCUAUUUAUCAUAUCAAGUAUGAUGAGUACCCAGAAAAUGGCGUCAUAGAAAUGGACACAGUUAAUCUUCGACCCCGAGCAAGAACCAUUCUGAAGUGGAGUGAACUAAAAGUGGGUGAUGUGGUGAUGGUUAACUACAAUGUUGAGACACCAGAAGAAAGAGGAUUUUGGUUUGAUGCAGAAAUUACCUCUUUGAGAGAAAUCUCAAGGACUAACAAAGAGGUUCAUGCUAAAAUUCUGCUGGGAGGUCCAGAAGACACAAUAAAUGAUUGUAAAAUCCUUUUUAUAGAGGAAAUGUACAAGAUUGAAAAGCCAGGAGCCUAUCCAUUGACAUUUGGGGAUGGAGAUUUCAAAAGAAAAAGUGGCCCUGAAUGCAAGCACUGUAGGGCUGAUCCCGAUAAGGAGUGCCGAUUUUGUUCGUGUUACUUGUGUGGUGGCAAACAAGAUGCUCACAUGCAACUCUUGUGUGAUGAAUGUAAUAUGGCUUAUCAUAUAUACUGCCUGAACCCUCCUUUAAGCAAGAUACCAGAAGAUGAAGACUGGUAUUGUCCUUCCUGCAAAAAUGAUUCUAAUGAAGUUGUAAAGGCUGGAGAAAAACUCAAACAGAGUAAAAAGAAAGCAAAGAUGCCAUCUGCCAGUACUGAAAGCCAGAGAGACUGGGGAAAGGGCAUGGCCUGUGUUGGUCGCACUAAGGAAUGCACUAUUGUUCCUUCAAAUCAUUAUGGGCCUAUACCUGGUGUUCCCGUUGGGACAACCUGGAAAUUCAGAGUUCAGGUGAGCGAAGCAGGUGUUCACAGACCCCAUGUUGGUGGAAUCCAUGGACGCAGUAAUGAUGGAGCUUACUCACUCGUACUAGCUGGGGGAUUUGAAGAUGAAGUGGAUCGAGGAGAUGAGUUCACUUACACUGGGAGUGGAGGUAGAGAUCUUUCUGGCAAUAAAAGAAUUGGAGAACAUUCAUUUGAUCAGACAUUAACACACAUGAAUAGGGCACUGGCCCUUAACUGUGAUGCCCCACUGGAUGACAAAAAUGGAGCAGAGUCAAAGAAUUGGAGAGCUGGUAAACCAGUUAGAGUAGUGCGCAGUUCAAAAGGACGACGGAUCAGCAAAUACGCCCCAGAGGAAGGCAACAGAUAUGAUGGCAUUUACAAGGUGGUCAAAUACUGGCCAGAAAUUGGAAAAUGUGGAUUUUUAGUUUGGCGCUAUCUUCUGAGGAGAGAUGACGUUGAGCCUGCACCUUGGACUUCAGAAGGAAUGGAGCGGUCCAAGAAGCUGGGUCUAAGUGUACAGUAUCCAGAAGGUUAUUUGGAAGCCAUGGCUAGUAAGGAGAAGAAAGAUAAGGUUAAAAAGCACACUGUGAAACAGGAGCCAACCAGCCAAAGUAAUGGAAACCAGAAAAGGCCGAUUGAUGAUGGUACAGAGGAACCUACAAAUACACCCAAAGCCAUGAGGAUGGGAGAUGGAGGGAAAGGAGAAGCUUUCCAGCUCACCCAAGAGCAGCAAUGGCUGAUUAGAGAAGACUCUAUGAACCAGAAGCUGUGGGAUGAAGUACUUGCUUCUCUUAAGGAAGGACCAAAUUUUCUGAAGAAACUGGAACAAUCCUUUAUGUGUGUCUGCUGCCAGGAGUUGGUUUACCAGCCAGUGACAACAGAGUGCCUCCACAACGUCUGUAAAAGCUGUUUACAGCGCUCCUUCAGAGCCGAAGUGUUCACCUGCCCUGCCUGCCGCUAUGACCUGGGGAAGGGCUACACCAUGGCUCCCAACAAGAUCCUGCAGACACUACUGGACCAGUUCUUUCCGGGUUACAGUAAAGGACGAUGAUGUGCUCAGACCCUUCUGUACUUCUCCCAGUGACUUUAUAGACAGUAGAGGGGGAUAAACAUGGGAAAGACAGCAGUGGACCAGCCAGCUUGAUGGGACUCAAUAUAUUGUCACAUUUUGAAGCAGCUAGCCCUCUUCCCCUCAUAGCCCUUUCUUGGUGUUGUGAGAACUCUAUUUCUCAGCUGUCUUUUAACAUCAAGGGUAGUUUUGGCCAGUUAACAAAUAAUUUUUAAACAAGAAGGAAGGGAAGGGAAGGAAAAAUAAAAAAAAA